AUGAGCAAAAAAGGCAGGGGGCGUGUGAAGAGGAAGGAGGUUCAGAGUGACGAUGGUUGGACCGUGAUCACUCAUGGGCUGGCUAGCGUUUCGCUCAAUGACAAGGGGAAGAAAGAGAUAGAUGCUGGAUCUUUACCGACUCGGACUGUCGAGGGUUUGACGGCUGAGAAGCUUCUCGAGGACUUUCGCACUCUUCAAGAUCGAUGGGAAGACACUUUACUUGCUAAGCAAGUUAAAGAAAUCCUGGAGAAGAGUGGUGGAGAUAGUGGGUGGGGAGUCGAGAAGGCGGCAUGCAUAGGCAUCGGCAGUUUCAGUAGGGACUGGGCACAUCGGUGGAGAAGUCUGUGGCAGCUUGUAUUGUUUGUUGCUGUAGUUGAGAGGCUCAAAGACGACAAUGAGGACACCAAGUUGGGAUGCUUCGCCCAAGACCCAGCCUUCACACCCCUCGACGUUGAAUUCCUCUCUUUGCUCUCCAUUACAGUCCUCGAAUCCGACCUUCAGUCCCGCAUCACCUCUCAAUCCUUCGUCUACUCGCCUUUUGUAGAUUGGUUCCUUCUGUUACCAGUCUUCCUCAAAUCUAAAGAUCCGGUCUUGUAUGUCGGUAAUGAGAUACUAGAUGAUUACAGUGUUUACGCGCAAACAAAGGAGAAGAAGGAACGGUUGGAGGAGUGUAACGAGGUAGGCAAGAAAUGGACGGAAAGUAGGGAGAAGGUGGCAUUGAGAGAGUUCGAGAAGCAUGGAAACGCCUUGAAUGGGAUGGUCGUUUAUUGGAAGAAUGCUGAUCAAGGGGUACAAGAAGGGAGAGUCCUAGAUGAGAAGCCUGAUGGAAAGAUAUGA